AUGGAUUGGAUAUUAAUUCAUCAGUGGAAGAAUCCCUCACAGCCUGAGGACCUCAGUGAAGACCCUCAGUAUUCAGGUCGUGUUCAAGUCCUAGAAACAACAGGAGGAAGCUCCACUCUGAGAAUCAGUGACCUGAGAGAGAGUGAUUCAUCUGAGUAUCACUUCAAAUUCACAACACAAGGGUUUGAAUGGAGAAGUGUUUUACCAGGAACAACUGUGACUGUCACAGCUCUGCAGGUGGAGGUGACCAGAAUAAUAUCAGUCCAUCAGUUUGAUACUGAGGCAGAGCUCAAGUGUCUCAGCAGCUGCAGUCCAGCUGAUCACGUUUCCUACGUCUGGUUCAAGAACAAACAGGAAAUCAGCAAACAGCAACUUUCUACUGUUGCAGUCAACUUUUCUCCUGGAGACAUCGUCUCCUGUGCUUUGAGAGGACAUGAGGAUCACCAGUCUCCUUCAGUGUAUCGUCCAAAGCUUCCUUCCGUAUCAGUGACUCCUUCUGCUGAGAUAAUGGAGUUCAGUUCAGUGACUGUGACCUGUAGCAGUGAUGCUAACCCAGCAGCUAACUACACCUGGUACAAGGACAAAACUCUGGUCGGUGAAGAACCACAGCUUGUCUUCAGCUCCAUCCAGUCCUCUGACUCUGGAGAGUAUCACUGUACAGCUGAGAACGUUCUGGGCACAAGAUCAUCUGAAAACAUUCAUAUCAACGUCAAAUACACAGAUAAAACAGCAGCUGUAGGAACGAUCACUGCUGUUGUCCUCGCUGUCUCAGUCCUCGCUGUCUUCCUGUGGAUCAGGUUAUCAGUUCUGUGGCUGUGAUCACGUUC